AUGUCUUCUUCACCAGAGCCAGGUACACGCGGUAACCUCACCGCUGAACAGAACCGCAGUCUGCAAGAAGCAUGGGUUCACCUAUUUCGUCUCUGCGGGACUCAAACCCUUUCUCCAGAUACGCCUGAGAAGACAGGCCAGCUUUUGGAGCAUCUCAACAACAAGUCUCCGGAAAACUUCAAUCGGAGUUUAUGGGAAGCCUUUCUGGCCGAUCAUCCCGAUACCACUAUUCUUCGAUUCCUUCGUGCAAGGGACUUUGACGUCGUGAAAGCCGUUGACAUGUUCGUCUCUUCCAUCAACUGGCGAGAAGAACGACAGAUCCAAAAGACUGUCAUUGGAGGUGGUGAAGCGGUUGGUCUGAAGACUUCGCUUACACCUGAUGAAGAAGCUUUCAUGGCGCAAUAUCGCUCUGGGAAGAGUUAUGUCAGAGGAACGGACAAAGACAACCAUCCUGUUUAUGUCAUUCGGGUUCGACUCCAUGAUCCCCAUAAGCAGACGGCUGAAGCCAUGGAGACAUAUGUGUUGCACAAUAUCGAGACACUCAGAAUGAUGGCUCGAGAACCCAACGACAAGGUCUGUCUCAUCUUUGACUUGUCUGGCUUCGGGCUUCGGAACAUGGAUUUCCAUGUUGUCAAGUUUCUCAUUGAGGUCCUUGAGACGAGAUAUCCAGAGACUCUGGGAGUCGUACUGGUUCACAAUGCGCCAUUCGUAUUCUGGGGUGUUUGGACCGUCAUCAAGCACUGGCUAGACCCAGUAGUUGCUUCCAAGGUUCACUUCACAAGCGGAGCCAAAGGCUUACUCAAGUUCAUACCCAAGAGUAACUUGCAAAAGUCCUAUGGCGGUGAAGAUCCUUGGGAGUACAAAUACGUCAACCCAGUUCCUAGCGAGAAUGAGAGGAUGCAGUCAGAGGAGAAGAAGACAAAGAUACAGAUGGAGCGACAGGAGUUGAUUGAUCAAUUCACACGAUUGACUACAGAAUGGAUCGGUGGUAAUAAAGAGACAAGCUCUAAACGUGACGAGUUGGCCCAAUUGCUUGAACUUAACUAUUGGAAGUUGGAUCCGUAUGUUAGAUCUAGCACUUAUUACCAUCGCGUAGGAGUGGUUAACAGGGCGGGAGGAAUCGAUUUCAAGGCUGCGCGUUAA